AUGAUAAUAAAUCAAGAUUAUCAUUCUCUUGUUUAUAAUGAGCAAAGACAUUUACGAGGAGGAGGUAGUUCCUUUAGUUGUUCUGAUAGUAAAAAAAAAAUGAAUAAUAUCUAUACUCUGAUUAAAGAAUUGAAUUAACUUGAAUAAAAGAUAGGAGAACCUAAAUAUCAACUAUGUUAAUAAAUUAAAUUGUGUCUAGAUUUAAUUGUGAAAAUUUAUAAGGAUUGGAUAUAAAAAGAAAUAAACCUAAGUAAUAUAAUGAAUUACAACUCAUUCAAUAAAUUAAUUGAAAAAAUAAAUGAAAUUUUAAAAGUUUAGGACAAUCGGCCAGGGAAAUGCUGUUUAAAUUACUAUUUAGAGUUGAUAAAUAUCUCCUUAGAAAAUUUAUAAAAAAAUAUAUCUUAAACCAAAAGUAUUAGUAUAAUAGGUUUGUUUAUAUAAAUAGAGAAAUAGAAAAAUAAUAAUGAAAGUAUCUCAAAUUUAAUUGAUGCAGCUAAUAGUUUGUUAAUAGGAGUAAAAUGUAGAUAUUUCACUUAAUUUUAAAAAUUUGAAACAUAUUUUUUUUUUAUUCUCCUAAAUUAGAUGAUAAAAGAUUAAGUAAAAAAAGGAGUGAGUAUUGAUGUCAAUAACUAUUUUUUAAAAAUUUAAGAUUAAUAUAUUAAAAACUCAACAAAUUGGACUCUCCAUAAUUGUUGGAUAGAAUUUUUAGUUGAUUUACUUAGAUUUUGUAAAAACUUUAAAAAAGAGUAAAAAACAAAAUAAUAAGGAGCUGUAGAUAUUAUAACUUACAUAACUAAUCAAGAUGGGAGAAACUUAUUUGAUAUUUAUUUAUAAGAUUUCGAAUAUGAAGAAUUACAACAAAAUAAAUGGAUAUCUAUUGAUAAACCUGAAUUACAUCGCUUAAACAGAAUAGUGAAUUUUUUAACUGGAAAAGUUAAUUUAAUAGAGACUUAAUUCUAAAAAUUAAAUGAAUCAUAUGAUAUUGAAUAAGUAAAAUAGAUGUUUUAAGAAUUAUAUUAUCCUUUAUUAGCUUUUUAAAUCUAUUUAAUAGAAAUGUUAUAAUUAUUUUAAAUGAUAUAAAGAAAAUAUGAAUAAAACAUAAAAAUAAAAGAUAAUUUUGAUAAAAUUAAUUUUAUUAUAAGUAAUAUAAAGGAGUAGAUCAAAAGUACUCUUGAUACAAAAAUUACUAUUAAAUUUUGGUUUAAACUUUAGAUGAUUAAAAAUAAUAAUUAUGAUAAAGAUAGAUUUUUAUAAAAAAAAAGUACACUUAAAUUUCAAAAUUAAAUACAAUAAUUAAUUAAAUUAGUCCAAGUAUUGUAAAAUUUCAUUAUUUAAGAAAGAAUGCUCUUUACAAAUUAAAUUAUUUUAUUAAAUGAUUCAUUAUCACAAUUUAAUUACGGAUUUGAAUCUCAAGAUUUUGACUCAAUUUAACGAAAGUAUCCAGUAAUUGAUACUUAUGAAGAUCUAUGUUAUUAGAUUAAUUUUCAUCUUUUAUGGUUUUCUCACAUUAAAAAGAUUCAAAAAAUUUACUAUUCAAAGUAAUAACAAGAGACCUUAGAAAAUAUAAUCAAAAAUUUGAAAUUUUUGAAAUAAGAGUUGUCAAAAAAAAUGUAAGAAUUUAGCUAACUUGAAUAAAGAUUUUUUAAUCUAACAGAACACAUUAAAAAAUGUAUAGAUAAAGAUUAAUAAAAUAACGAAAACGAACAUGAAUAAGAAUUGCCAUAUAGUUAUUAAUUAUUUUAUUAAGAGAUUGAAUUAAUUAUAGAUUAAAAAAAUUAAGAUAAAUAUAAAAUUGAAGAAAGUAUUUACUAUCAUUUUCAGACAAUCUAAAAUAAUCCAGGAAAUUAGAAAUUGAUUUUAUCUUGUCUCUAAUAAAUAUAAGUUUUUUUAACCAACAAGAUAAAAUAACUUAAAAAGAAAAAUUACAUAAAUGAUAUAUAAAGUAUAGAAUCCUAGAUGUAAAUCUUAAUUACUAGCAUUAGAAAUUAUACAACCAAUAAAAGUAAGUAAGAGAUCCAAGAUUUCACCGAUGCUUGGAAAUAAAUUGAAUCUAUUUUCUAAUCAACUUAAAGCUAAAUUAGUAAUGAAUCAUCAAUAGAAAAAUAAAAUUUGGAUGCAAACUAAAUUUUAAGUAUCCUAAAAAGAUGCAAAAUUGAUGUUGCGUUAAGGACUAAGUAACAUGAUUCUAAUAAUCAUAAAGUGUUAUUAAAGUAAUCGUAAUAAUAAUUAAAUUAAGCUGAUCAAGGAGUUUCUGAAAAAAAAUUAGAUGAUGUAAUUAAAUAGUUUAUUUGUAAAGAGAAUCUUAAUGUUGUGUUAAUCAUAUCUGGUUAAAUUGGAUGUGGUAAAACAAAAUCCUUGAAGAAAUUAAAUAUAUAGUUAUAAGAAAUUUAAAGAGAUGAUCCAAAUUCUCAAAAUUGGAUCCCAAUUUAUUUAAAUCUAUCUGAUAUUAAGGAGCCUUAAAAUUAAUUAUUAAGAAAAGCAAUUUAAAAAUAUAGCAUCUAAUUAAAUAUUAAAGAUGUUAACAAAUUUUAUUCAGAAAUUCUUUAAAGUAAAUAUAAGGUUGUAUUACUUCUGGAUGGUUAUGAUUAAUUGAUAGAAUAAAAUAAUAUAAUUUUGUAAAAUGGAUUAGAUAAAAGAAUAAAGAAUUUAUAUAAUGAGGUGACUUUAAAAAUUAUUAUGACUAUAAGAAAUGACAUUAUACCUUCUGAACGUUUUAAAGAAACUAAAAACAUAUAAUUUACAAAAAUAUAAUUAUUUGACAGUGUUCAAUAGUAAGAAUACAUAAAAUAAUCAUACAAAAGAUUAAUAACAAUUAGCCUAUCUCAAGUAUAAACAUUUAGAGGUGUUCAAAUUUAGUUGAUUGUAGAAUAUGUAAAUUAACUAUUUGUAAAUAUUCCAUAAUUGUUUUAUGUAAUGCCACAACAAGUUGAAGAUGAUAUUAUAUAUAAAUUGAUUGGAAAAAUAAAAAAUGGAAUUGAAUUUUUUUAAAUUAUAUAGAAUGAAAUGAAAAAAAUGAGGUAUUUCUUAGAAAAUAUAUUAAUUCCAUACUUAAAAGAUAUAUUAAUCACUCCUUAAUUGCUUAAAAUGGCAAUUAAGAAAUGGCAAUAGAAAAUUUGGUUAGAUUUUGAAAAGAAUGAUAAUAAAAUAAUUGAGGUAGAAUUAAAAAAGGAGUUUACAAAAUUAAUGAAAUAAGUUUAAUAAGGAAUUUAAGAAGAAAAUGUUUAUAGAGAACUAAAAAAUAAUAAAUUUUUUAAGGAAUAUCAUAUAUAUGAUGAAAUUCCAUAUUUAGAAAACAAUUACACAAUAAAUUUAAAUGGAAAACACUUUGAGAGUAGUAAUGCAGAUCUAAUUAUAUAGGCAAUUAAUGCAUAACGAUUUUCUAGAUACACAACUUUAGAAUAAUUCCUAGGAUUCUGCCAAAAGGAUAAAGUGCAAAUUAAUUUAAUUGAUGAUUUGAAAAUAUUUUCUUAAAAGCUAUCGAUUUUUUUAAAAAUCAAUAAUUUAGAUGCUUUGAAUCAGUAAUAGUAAAAUAAUUCAUAAUUAAUUAUAAAUGAUUUAGAAGAAAUUUUUAAUCUAUAGAGUCCUUAUAGAAAAGCCAUCAGAGAAAGUAAGUUAAUCACUUAUAAAAAUGAAGAAAUUACAUUUCUUAAUUAAUGGAUUCUAGAUUUUUUUUUUGCCUAAAAAAUUAUAUUAUUACUUAAAAAUAAAUAGGACUAAGAGACAAUAUAAUUUUUGAAUGAUGUUAACUUAUCAGAAAAAAAUUAUGAAGGUGUUGUGUAAUUACUAAUCGAACAAUUGAUUAAAAUUAAAAAUAUAAAAACUUUCCUCAUUUAAAUAAUAAAAAAAUCCAUAAACUAAACAAUAAAUAUAAGAGCACCAUCAAAUGGAAUAUUCUUAUUAUCUAAAAUGGGAAUUUCUCUAGAAGGUGAGGAUUUUCAAUAAAUUAUUAUUGAGAAUACUAGUACUUAAAUGAAUAAUGUCUUAAUAGAUUACUGCAAUUUAAAUUCUUCUAAAUUAAGCAAUGCUUAAUCCGAUAAUUUUCUGUGUAUUGAAUUUCCUUAAAUAAAUGCAGAUUAAGAAAUCUUAUAAGUUAUAAUUUAUAAAGAAAAUCAAUAGCUAGCUUUACUUUAGAAGAAAGGGAUAAUAAAGAUUGUUAAUAUAGAAAAAUAAGUGGAAUAAUAAGAAGAUAUAAGGAACCCAUUUGUCAAAUAUAAAUAAAUAGCUAUUUCAAAAGACGAUACUAAGCUUUUUGCACUAGCAAAUUAUUAGAUAGAUUUAUGGAACUUAACUUAAUAUUAUUUAGCAUCUUAUAUAAAUGUAGAAGGGGAAAGUAUUUAUUUCUACCUUUCACCAGACAACACAUAAAUAAUAUGCAGUUUAUAUAAUUAAUAUAUAAAGGUAUUCCCUCUUGUAGAUUACAUCUUUAAAUAGCCAAAAACAUUAUAAAUUAACUAAGAUGCAGAAUAAAUGGCUAUAAAUCAAAAAAAUCAGCUUUUGGUUUUUAGAACUAAAUAAAAAUAGAUUUAUUUUUUCAAUCUUCAGACAUCUUAAGAAAUUAAAAUAAACUAAUAAAUUGAAGCAAAUUUACUAACAACUACGAAUGAUGGAAGAAGUUUAAUAAUAUUAUACGGAGAUGUAAUAAUCUUUUAUUAGUUUGAAAUAACUAAUAAGGAUUUAGUCAAACAAAAGGAGUUUUUAAUCUAAAAUACAAUCUAUCCAAUAGGAUUGUUUGUAUCUGAAAAUCCUUUGAUUAUUUUAAUUCAAAAUUAAAAUAUGAUUUAGAUAUUCGACACUAAUAAAAAUAAACUUUAAAAUGUCCAAAAAAUGUUUUAAGAAAAAAAAUUAAUUCUUUCAGGAGAUGGAAAAAUGUUAAUUAAUUGGAAUAAUAAUAAAGUUUUUUUUUGGGAUUUGAUUGAUUAUAUAAAAUCAUGCUAAUAUUCUCCAGAUGGUAAUCAUUUAUUAAUAUAAUCUUCUGAAAAAUUUACAUUUUUGAAUAUUUAGGCUAAAGAAUUCAAAUGCAUUCAUGAAAAAAUUACAUCUUUAUGUUUCAAUCCUAUAAACAAUAUGUUGGUGACCUUCUCAAUUUAAGGAUUGAAAUUCUGGAGUACUAAUUAAAUGUAAUUAUUAUAUCAUUUUGACGAAUUUGAAUAUUUUGAAAAAUAAUAAUUAAUAUUUUCUUAAAAUGGUGAAUAAUUAGUAAUUAUUAAUAAGGGUAUUGUAAUAUGUAUAAAUAUCAAAAAAAUUUUUGAAAAAAAUUAAGAUUAAGAGUGUCAAAAAACAAUCAAGAUCAAAAAAAGUAAUAAUAAAAAAAUUAUUGUGAAAUCCCCAAAUGAAAAUAUAUAUGCAAUAUAAUAUGAAAGUUUGAUUUAAAUAUUUGAUUAUCAAUCAUCAAAUAUCAUAACUCAAAUCUCAUUAGGUCAAUCAAAAAUUUUUUCAUUGAGUUUUUCGUAAAAUGGACAAUUUUUAGCUGCAAGAAGUUCUGAUUAGAAGAUUAGAAUUUGGAGUACAAUAAAUUUUUGUCUUGUCUGUUAAUUCAAUGAUUAGUUCAAUGAUCAAAUAGAGAAUCAUUGUUUAUGGUUAUCUGAUUAAUAAAUCUCGUAUAUUGUUACAAAUUAUUAAAAUAGUGUAAUUCUAUACAAUAUAUCACAAUAUUUGGAGAUAAGUUCCAAUCCAUCUAAUUCAUUCUUGCAGAAUUCUGAAUCAAUUUAAACUUCAAUCGAAAAGUUAGAACUAAAAUAAGAGAAUAUUCCUCAAGGAUUAAUGUGCAGAAACAUAGUUAUUUCAAAUGAUAAUUAAUAUAUUGCUAUUUCUUAUGCUAAACAAUAAGAAGACAAAAAAUAAAAAGUGCCAAUAAUUAUUAAAAAAAUAAAUGCUUUGUAAUCAUUUCACUAUAAAAUAAAAAAUUAAGGUGGAUUUUUAUUGGCCUUUUGUCCUAAUUCUUAAUAUUUAGCUACUGAUUCGUAUAAAAAUAAUUAAUCGUAUAUAAUUAUAUGGGACAUCAAAUAAUCAUAAGUUUAUUAACCUUUUAUUAUUAACACUAAAUAAUCCUAUAUUCUAAAUAGCAUUGAAUUUUCACCAAAGGAAUCUUAUAUACUUAUAUCAGAUGAAUUUAAUCAUUUUUCAUUGCAUAAUCAUAAAAUCCCUGCUCUUAAUUAAAGUUAAAUAAAUCAUUAAUAUCAAUAACAUUAUGAGCUAUAAAAUGAAUUAAUACAAAACACCUACUGUAUUAUCUCUAUAAAUGGAGAAUAUUUAAUUUAUAUUUAAAAUGAUAAACUAAAGUUUGAAAAAAUAAAAACUAGACUAAAUAACAUUAAAUUAAUUCAUAAUUAUUAAUACAAUGAAAAAGAUAAAUUUAUUUUUAUCAAUAAUUUAAUAUCUUACUGUCAUGAUCUCAAUUAAAUUAUUUAAUUUGAUCUAGAAAAGUGUUCAUUUACUAAGAUGAUCUAUAAUUCAUAAAAUUAAGCCUCAACAUUUUCUUCAACAGGAUAAUAUUUUGCAUUUGUUAAUGAAACCAACUAAUAAGUAAAUUUAUCUGUUUUAGAUGUUUAUUAACAAAAAACUUUUCCACAUUAUGUUUAGCAUCCUAUCUAAGUCAUUUAAUUUUCUAAUAAUGAAGAAUAUCUAGCGACUUUAUACAAUAAUGAAACAAUUAUUUAUUUAAUUAAAAAACAACAAAAUCAAUUCAUACUUUAUAAAUAUUAAGUUAUAUAUAUGAAUUCGAAACUACUUUCUAUUUAAUUUAAUCCAAAAAAUGAUCAUUAAUUUAUAGUAGUUUUAAGAAAUGGAGAAAUCUUAUUUUAUAGUUAAUAAUUAGAUUAAUAGAAAAAAAUUAAAAAAUACAACCCCAUGUUGGAUAAUUAAGUUGAAUAAUAAUAUCAGGAAGCUAAUAUAAAUUAAUUCACCUUUACUGUUAGGAUUGACUAUUAAAAUUUGCUUAAAUAAUUCUCUAAAAAGGGUUCCUGUUAUAUAACUGAAGAAAUUUGA